GUGCAUACCAAUGUCCUAAAAAAUAUGUAGAGAGAAAAAAGGAAAAAGAGCUAGGUGGGGCGGGGACGACGUAGUGAACCCAAGUGACCGCGUAAACUGUAAGAAAAAAUUAAAAAAAAAGGGGAGUGGCAGUGUGUCUGUGGGGAUCAACAAAAGUGGGUGUGGUCACUAGUCACCGACGGGAGACGGACAGAUCUCUCCAUUGUGAGAUGAGAAUAGGCAAGGCAACUAAGAGCACCACCAAGUUGGUCUUUAUUUGUGUGGCCCUCUUGGGUGCCUUUCUUCUUGUAGAUCUGCUCUGGGCUUCCUCCUCCUCCUCUUUCAACUGGGCAUUUUCUACUUCCAAUGUUCUCGUCUUUCCUAGUCAAACCCUCCCCAAGGCGACAAAGGAGGAGAAGAGUAACAAAAAAGGAGAUGGGAGGAUUUUAUCAACUACCUUUGCCGAUUUGCCAGCCCCAGAAUUGAAGUGGGAGAAGAUGGCAACAUCACCUGUGCCUCGUCUUGAUGGUGCUGCUAUCCAGAUCAACGACCUUCUCUUCGUCUUUGCUGGUUAUGGUACCAUUGAUCAUGUUCAUUCGCAUGUGGAUAUUUACAAUUUCACAUCUAACUCUUGGGGAGGGACAUUCAAUAUGCCUAAAGAAAUGGCUCAUUCACACUUGGGUAUGGUUACUGAUGGGAGAUAUAUUUACGUUGUUACUGGGCAAUACGGUCCCCAGUGCAGGGGUCCGACUGCACGGAAUUUUGUUCUUGAUACCAAAACGAAGCAAUGGCAGGACUUGCCUCCUUUACCAGUCCCAAGGUAUGCGCCUGCAACACAGCUUUGGAGAGGCAGGCUUCAUGUAAUGGGUGGGAGCAAAGAGAAUCGGCAUACCCCAGGGUUAGAGCAUUGGAGUCUUGCUGUUAAGGAUGGAAAAGCUUUAGAAACGGAGUGGCGGACUGAGGUACCCAUUCCUCGUGGUGGACCUCACAGGGCCUGUGUUGUGUUUGAUGACCGACUUUAUGUCCUUGGUGGUCAAGAGGGUGAUUUCAUGGCUAAACCUGGAUCACCUAUUUUCAAAUGCUCUCGUAGAAAUGAGGUUGUAUAUGAUGAUGUUUACAUGUUAGAUGAUGAUAUGACAUGGAAAGUGUUGCCUCCCAUGCCAAAGCCAGAUUCCCAUAUAGAGUUUGCUUGGGCUAUUGUCAACAGGACUCUUGUGAUUGUUGGAGGAACUACUGAUAAGCACCCAAAUACCAAAAAGAUGACCCUCGUUGGAGAAAUACUCCAGUUUCAAUUCGAUACACAGACAUGGAAAGUUUUAGGCAAACUCCCUUACCGUGUAAAAACAACUCUUGUUGGCUUCUGGAACGGAUGGCUGUACUUCACAUCAGGACAAAGAGACAAAGGACCAGAUGACCCAUCACCAAGAAAGGUCAUUGGAGAGAUGUGGAGAACUAAACUAAAGUUGUUAUGAGCUCAUAUUUUUACCUAAAAUUCUGCUCCAAUAUAGAAAUGUUAUAGUGUAAAUUAACCCGAGUGCUUUUUGUUAUUCUAUUCUUUCUUUUUUUCCAUGCAAUUUAUUUUGGUCCAGCCUCAUUUAGCACGGUCGGAAACCAAUUACCAAGUGGAGAGUGGGCAGUGUUAUAUUCUUUUAGCUUCAAUUUUUACAUUGCAAGUAACUGAAGAAAUGUUUUACUCUCGUUUCUUUUCUUUCGAA